GGAUAAUUUAUUUAUCCAUGUUUAAAUGAAUAUUAUAUUUUUAUUUAAAUAUAAUAAAAUCUACACAGUAAUAAUAAGUGUAAAAAUAUAAUUCAAUUUUAAAACAUGAGUGAUUCAAAUAAAUCUUACUGGUCAUUUGAAGAGGAACAUUGUUUACCAUACACAACUACUGCUACUAAUACUAUUAGUACUAUAACAACUGCUACAAUAACAAUAACUACUAUUACUACUACACCUACUACUACUGAUAUAAAUCGUGUUAGUAGUACAACAGAUGCUUCGUCUUUACGUUUUCCAUUAACUUCUGUGACUGUUCCAACUAGUACUUCAGAUGUCAUUUAUCCAAUUCAUAGAUUAGAAAGUCAAUUUUUUGAAAGAGAAAUAGAAAGAAGAGGAUCACAACAUUCAGAAGGAUUAUAUAUUGAAAGUAUUCCAAUAUGUCAGGAAUUUAAGAAUAUAUUAUAUUUUUCUCAAAGUCAACGGCAAGUACCAUCUCAUACUAUGGAGAUAUCAACUGUAACAUUUGCAGGGUCUUCUCAGAAACCAGUCCCAUAUAUUUCUAAAAUAGAUGAACAUGAAAAGACUCAGAGUUGUAUUACACCAUCAUCUUCCAAAUAUGGUGAACCUGGUAUUUAUCACUUCACUACUAGUCGGAUUGAACAGGAAUCUAGAAUAACACCAUUGUAUACCUCGGUGAGCACAGCUUCUGGAAAUUAUGCGCGUAAACAUCCAAGGAGAUCAUUUGAUAUCGAGAGAGAAAAGUUCCCUUAUCAAAGCAGAAUACUUGAACAUCCAUCAAUCUGUCCGUAUGAAUUCUUGAAACAAGAAUCAUCCACGAGUACUGACCCGACUACUUUCACCACAAAAACCAUUUCACCUAUGGAGGGUAAAGCCAUAAAAUUGCCUGUACCUUUUAUAGAAGCAGAUAUGUAUCCCAUGAAAACACAUAAAGAAUCACAUUUACAACAACAGAGUCAUACACAGUUCACAAUUUCAUCUACACAAAAACCCCUUCAAAGACACUAUUCAGUUCCUGAAGGGCCGAUAUUUGAAAGGCCAGAUAUAUACCAUAUUUCUCAUCCAAAAUCAGCUCCAUCUGAACAAGACUAUAAUAUACCAUGCUCCAAAGAUUAUUUUGAUGUUUUUUCUAUCAGCCAAUCGUCCAGACCAUUAAGUACUGAAACGUUUACUAGUUACAUGGUGGAUUAUAGUGCAGCUCCAUCUCUUUCUACUGAACCAGGACCAUCAACAUUGAUGUACAAAACAUUUACUCCAUCUACCACUACUGUACCUUCCAGUUCAACUAGACAAAGCGGGGAAUCUUUGGAAAAACGACGAUAUUGCUGUCCUGAAGUACAGUGUGGAAAACGAUUUGCUCGCCCAGAUGAACUUAAACGGCAUCAUAGAAUACAUACUGGAACUAAACCCUUUAUGUGUAAGUACUGUCCACGUUCAUUUGGCCGUUCUGACCAUCUAAGAACACAUACUCGUUCUCAUACUGGUGAACGCCCAUAUACAUGUGAAUCUUGUGGACGUAAAUUCGCUCGGUCCGAUGAACGUACAAGGCAUAAAAAAGUUCACAACUGUGGCCUAAUUAAAGAGAUUCACUCAGGUGAAAGCUCGUUUUCUAACAAAACAGCCCAAAUACCAUGUCCACAGGAACAGAUAGACACAUAUUCACAUGAACAACUGUUAAGUACAUCAGUAAUUGAUACAUCAAUACAAAGUUCGUAUCUGAGUUCCGUUACUUUUCAACCAUCUGUUUAUACACCGAUUCCAUGGCAAACCACUUCAAUUGAAUCUAAUCCUAAUGUGUCACGAUUUCAUGAUAUUUCAAUGGAAACUUUAUCUCCUUCACCAAGUUGUCAACCAACACCGAUGUUAGGUCUGCCGUAUUUGAACAUUACGUCAUCACAACCUACUCUACCUGAAUGGAAAAUAUACACAAUUACUCCACAAACCCAUCCAGUUACAACAAGUGAUUCUUCAUGAUAAAAAAAAUCAACAUUUGUCAAUUAUGUACAUGAUAAAUACAUGCAACAUACAAGUAUUAUAUAUUAGCUAUAUUUUUAAUUUUACUAUUCAUUAGAACAGUUAUAACGAUUUCAUUCUGAAGGGUUUGAUUCAAAUUUGAAAUAAUACUUCAUUUUUACAUUGUUUAAAGAAUGUUCCAUUUAAUUAUUUUCUAAAUAGGUUUGUUUUCUUACAAAUGAUAAACUCUGUUCUCCUUUACUUACUUUUCUUUCCGAUUUUAUUUUUCUAAAUAACACAAUAUGAUGUUGCCUGUGUUCUUUCAAUGAAAUCAUUCAUUCCAUUCAAUAAGAAAAAAGCUUAUAUGAAAGAUGAAAUUAUUUAAAAUAUUUCAAAUUUAUUAGAUAUCAUUUAAUUCCAUUGAAUUCAUCUAUCCUAACAUUAUAUGAAGACGAGAAAUAUAAAUUUCCAAAUCAUGCAAAUAAACUGAACAACAAGAUGACAUUCUCCUGAUCUGCUUAACUUUUUCUGUCACAAUUAUAAUUCCCAUGUAUGCUUAAUUUGAUAUUUUUUUUUCUAAUACGAAGGUCCAAUAUUCAGUAUUUCAUUACUUUCUUGAAUUUACUGUGCAAUUUCAAUCUUCCUUCUAUGGUUAUUUACAUUUUGAAGGGAAUUGCAUUUAAGUAAUGUUUAAAUACUUGCCUUUCUUAUUUCUCUAUAUUCUUUCUUAUCUAUUUAUUAUAGCUUUAUUUUUUAUUUAUUCAAAGUAUAAGCAAAAUAAUCAUAUUUUAUUAUUUUUUAGUUACCAACAUUAAAAUUAUAAAAGAUUAAAGAGAUAGAUAGGUAUCAAACCAAACGAAUAACAAAAAAAGAAUGAUUAUUUUGAAAUUUUAUUUUCACUAUUAAAGUGAUUGAUACGAAUGCACAUUUAAACCUUGAAUUAACCAUCUUGGACAGUAUUUUUUUCUUUGUCACUAAAAUUUCUUUUUUCCUACAGAAAUAAAUACAGGUAUCAUA